UUUAUGAAUGAAAAUGUUACAACAUUAGUCCAUUUGAUUCAGAGUUGGCUUAAUUUAUUUCUUCAACUCAAUGUAAAAAGGUUGGAAGUCGUAGGAGAGGUGUCAGGGAGGUGUUGGUGAAUUUUAAAGGUGGAAGAGUCCGAAGGUGACAAUGUUUAUUCACUUGGUUUUGUUGCAGUCUACAGUAUCUUGCCUUGGACAGCAACAGUUUCUCUUCUCAUUCCCUCAGCCGCUGUCUAAUUUGCUGAAUAUUUCCAGUAUUUUCUGCUUUUACUUUGGAUUUCCUGCAACUGUUUUUUCAGUUUUCAUUGUCAGUUGCCACACAUGUGUUUAUGCGUUGUCGUUACUCACCAAACUUUCCCUGAAUUUCACGCCGUCUCCAACCUGGAAGGCCGCUUGUCCAACUCCGGUACAGAAUGAACCGGAGAUCCUUCCAACCAACUAUUGGGAAUAACAAAGCCUUUGUUCUAGGUGUCCAAACCAAGCUCUGUUCCUCACCUCUCGUUCUCCCUCCCUCUCUCUGGUAACUCUCUGACACUGACACUGAAUUAUCACACUUUCAUGUCAUUUUAGAUUCCCAAAUAAAUACAGAACCAUGUAUCCUUGCCAUCUUUAGGAUCACUUAUUUCCAUCUUUGUCACCUCAAACCUGUAUCAGUUCAGCUGUGGCUAAAUUCCUCAUUCGUAUCACAAUUUCACUAUCCCAGUGCAACCCCAGCUACCCCCUUAUUUUCUUUAUUUUUAUUUUUUUAAUAUACUCUUUUAGUGGCAUUCCACAGCAAACACAUUUCCAUAAAACGGGUUUCAGGUAUAAUGCUAUAUGUAUAAAUCAUCCACUUAUGUUCGUCUUGAAUUGCCUCUUUUUGAGAUUUGUAUAAAACAAAUAUAGAAACAAGAACACAGUAAAAACUACGAAGCUUAGGGAAUGAUCCUUUCUUUACCAUAUUAUCAAAAAUUUGUAAAAAUAAAGUCUGGCCUAUGAGGCGUUACAUAGUUAACCCAAUUUUCCCAGCGUGACACAAAUAAAUCCAGUUUAAAGUUAACAUAUGCUGUUAUUUUCUCCAUUUUAUAAAUGUCCAUUGUAAUGUCCAUCCAUGCAUUUAGAGUUGGGCUCUCCUGUGAUAACCAUUUCUUUGUGAGAGUUUUUUUUACCAGCUACCAUCGAUAUAUUCAGUAAGUAUUUGUCUUUUUUUCUGCCGUUCCCACCGUAAUGGGAUUUCUGAGAAGGCAUAAUAAAAUACCGUAUCAGGCUUUUCCAACUAAACUCCCUCCAGUUUUGUGAGCUGGUACACUUCCAUUGAUACCUCCAUAUUGCUGUCCAUUCUUCCUUGGAUAUGAUUAUCCCUCCUUCCUUCUCCCAUUUCAUUUUAAUAUAUAAGGUUGAGUGUGAUUUAAGAUUCAGUAACCCUUUAUACAUGCAUGAAAUAAUUUUACUAUCAGUAUUUGAGAUACACUUUCCUAAAUAAUCCCAUCAAACUCCGUUUUAUUUUUAACAUUUUUAUUAACAUAGUUCCGCAUCUGUAAGUAUCGAUAGAAGUCUUGUUUUUCUAACAGGAAUUUUUAUUUAAGCAUUUCAAAACUUAACAGUGUUCCUUCUUUCAUUAUGUUACCAAGAGCAGUUAUUGCCUCUUUGUAACUGUCCACUCUUUAAACCUACUAUCAAAUUUAUUAGGAGUAAAAUCUGUAUCAUAUGCGCACCAUGUAAGAAUUGUAAUGUCUUCCUCUAUAUUAUACUGUGUUAUAACUGUUUUCCAUAUUUAAGAGUCAAUUUUACCCAAGGAUUUUCAGUAGCAUUUAUAUAGUCUUGUAGGUUGUUGUUAGCUUGUACAGGAAUGGUUCUGUGUUCUCUCCUCAAUAUAUUUCCAUUGAGCAUCAUAUGAUGGGUUGCACCAGCAUAUCAUAGAUCUUAACUGUGCUGCCUGAUAAUAGUCUUUGAAAGAGGGUAGACCCCACCCGCCCUUUUCUUUUGUUAACUCUAAGGUUUUGAGCCAGGUGUUUUACUUUGCCGUAUAUAUCUUGACAAUAUUUUGUCCCAUUCAUUAAAUUGUUUUUGAUUAAUCUCUAUUGAUAGGGUCUGAAAUAAAUAUAACAGUCUUGGCAAUAUGUUCAUUUUAAUAGAUUCAAUUCUCGAGCUGAGACUUAAGAAAGGAAUUAGGUUCCAUCUAGCUAUAUCCUCCUUAAUCUUUUGGUGUAUAGGUGAAUAGUUGCAUUCUGAUAAUUCUGUAAAAUCCCUUGGUAUAAUGAUGCCCAAAUAUUUGAGAUGUUCUGCUUGCCAUGACAGAGGGUACCUACCUCUGACUUCUGCUAAUGGGCUGUAGUUGUAUGUAAGCAGUUUUGUUUUACCUAUGUUAAUCUUGUACCAGAUAGUUGACCGUAUUGUUCGAGUGAUUGCAUCAAUUUAGGUAGAGAGUUUGUUGGUUGCCCCAAAUGAAUCAAAAUGUCAUCCGCAUAACAGGCCAAUUUAUGUUCAGUCCCUUGAAGAGCAAUAACUUUUAUUUCUUCAUUUUGUCUUACAUAUUGAGAUAGUGGUUCCAAAUAUAAUGCAAAGAGUAAUGGUGACCACACACAUCCCUGUCUUGAACCACUUUCUAGAGAAAAACCUUUUGAUAAAUAUCCAUUAACUUUAAUUCUAGCAGUGGGCUUUUUAUAUAGUGCCUGUAUGGUUUUAAUAAUAGUGUCAUGCAGACCAAAUCUAUGUAGAACUUGAUAGAGAAAGUUCCAGUUCACAGAGUCAAAUGCCUUUACAGUGUCCACGCUUAUCAAAAUUGCUUCAAUUUUAUUUUUAAUUCAGCCUCUGUUGGCCGUUCUAACAAGAGGAAUUGAAUAUAGGACCAAAGAGGUCAUUCUGCAGUUGUAUAGAGCCCUAGUGAGACCACACCUGGAGUAUUGUGUACAGUUUUGAGGAAAUAAUUUGAGGAAGGACUUUCUUGCUAUUAAGGGAGUGCAGCGUAGGUUUACAAGGUUAAUUCCCCGGAUGACAGGACUGUCAUAUGCCGAGAGAAUGGAGCAGCUGGGCUUGUACACUCUGGAAUUUAGAAGGAUGAGAGGAUGUCUCAUUGAAACAUAUAAGAUUGUUAAGGGUUUGGACCCGCUAGAGGCAGGAAACAUGUUCCUGAUGUUGGGGGAGUCCAGAACAAAGGGCCACAGUUUAAGAAUAAGGAGUAAGUCAUUUAGAACGGAGAUGAGGAAACACUUUUUCUCACAGGGAGUGGUGAGUCUGUGGCAUUCUCUGCCUCAGAGGGCGGUGGAGGCCGUUUCUCUGGAUCAUUGUUUUUUUUAUAGUGCAGAAACUCUGGUGUUUUCAAGAGAGAACUAGAUAGGGCUCUUAAAAAUACCAGAGCCAGGGGAUAUGGGCAGAAGGCAGGAACGGGUUACUGAUUGGGGAUGAUCAGCCAAGAUCACAUUGAAUGACGGUGCUGGCUCGAAGGGCCGAAUGGCCUACCCCUGCACCUAUUGUCUAUUGUUAUGUUUCCAAAUAUUGUCUUGUUUUGUUCUUCGUUUAAGGUGGGCAAACAUAAGGAAUUCAAAAAAGAUGCCUACCUGAGUUUGGCUACCUCCUGGAACUUCAGAAUACAAAGUUCUGUAGAAUACUUAUAACCAUAUAACCAUAUAACAAUUACAGCACGGAAACAGGCCAUCUCGGCCCUACAAGUCCGUGCCGAACAACUUUUUUUUCCCCUUAGUCCCACCUGCCCGCACUCAUACCAUAACCCUCCAUUCACUUCUCAUCCAUAUGCCUAUCCAAUUUAUUUUUAAAUGAUACCAAUGAACCUGCCUCCACCACUUCCACUGGAAGCUCAUUCCACACCGCUACCACUCUCUGAGUAAAGAAGUUCCCCCUCAUAUUACCCCUAAACUUCUGUCCCUUAAUUCUGAAGUUAUGUCCUCUUGUUUGAAUCUUCCCUAUUCUCAAAGGGAAAAGUUUGUCCACAUCAACUCUGUCUAUCCCUCUCAUCAUUUUAAAGACCUCUAUCAAGUCCCCCCUUUACCUUCUGCGCUCCAGAGAAUAAAGACCUAACUUAUUCAACCUAUCUCUGUAACUUAGUUGUUGAAACCCAGGCAACAUUCUAGUAAAUCUCCUCUGUACUCUCUCAAUUUUGUUGACAUCCUUCCUAUAAUUGGGCGACCAAGAUUGUACACCAUACUCCAGAUUUGGUCUCACCAAUGCCUUGUACAAUUUUAACAUUACAUCCCAGCUUCUAUACUCAAUGCUCUGAUUUAUAAAGGCUAGCAUACCAAAAGCUUUCUUUACCACCCUAUCUAUAUGAGAUUCCACCUUCAAGGAACUAUGCACGGUUAUACCCAGAUCCCUCUGUUCAACUGUAUUCUUCAAUUCCCUACUAUUUACCAUGUACGUCCUAUUUUGAUUUGUCCUGCCAAGGUGUAGCACCGCACAUUUAUCAGCAUUAAACUCCAUCUGCCAUCUUUCAGCCCAUUUUUCCAAAUGGCCUAAAUCACUCUGUAGACUUUGGAAAUCCUCUUCAUUAUCCACAACACCCCCUAUCUUGGUAUCAACUGCAUACUUACUAAUCCAAUUUACCACACCUUCAUCCAGAUCAUUGAUGUACAUGACAAACAACAAAGGACCCAACACAGAUCCCUGAGGCACCCCACUAGUCACCUGCCUCCAACCCGAUAAACAGCCAUCCACCAUUACCCUCUGGUUUCUCCCAUUCAGCCACUGUUGAAUCCAUCUUGCUAUUCCUGCAUUUAUACCCAACAAUUGAACCUUCUUAACCAACCUUCCAUGAGGAACUUUGUCAAAGGCCUUACUAAAGUCCAUAUAGACAACAUCCACUGCUUUACCCUCGUCAAUUUCCCUAGUAACCUCUUCAAAAAAUUCCAGGCACAAAUCCAUGUUGACUGUUCCUAAUCAGACCCUGUUUAUCUAGAUGCUUAUAUAUAUUAUCUCUAAGUAUCUUUUCCAUUAAUUUGCCCACCACUGACGUCAAACUAACAGGUCUAUAAUUGCUAGGUUUACUCUUAGAGCUUCUAAGGCUUCCUGAAUUUCACUUAACAUACUUUUCAAUAUUUUUGUUCUUGAGUCUCUGAUUCUGUGAACUGUAUUUUCAGCCAUCUUUUUUUUCAGUUUCCACGCCAAUACUUUCAUAGAUUUAGAACCACUUUCAUAGUGCCUCUGUUUAAGGAACAUUAACUGUUUCUUGAUUUCUUGUGCUGCCAAAUUGUUGAUUUCAUUCCUAAUUUCCUCCAUUGCAUUCCGCACCAGCGUCAUUUUGUGUUUCCUUUCUAGUUCCUUCAGCUUAUUUUGCAAAUCCUCAAAUGUUUUAUUCUUUAUUUUUUUCUUACAUGAAGAUAUUUCUAUAAUUUUUCCUCUUAGAACAACCUUCAAAGCAUCCCACAAAAUAGGGGGGAGAGACCUCUCCGUUAUCAUUGAGUUCUAAAUAGAGACUUAUCUCCUUUUUAAUUUGUUCCUUAAAGUUCAGAUCAUUGCGUAGGCUCGAGUUCAGUUUCCAUGUAGCAUUUUUUGGGCGUAGGUCUAAAUCAACAGAUGGGUAAAUAGGUGCAUGGUCAAUGAAAUCUAUUGUUCCAAUUCCACAGGUGUGUAUUUUAUCUUUAUCCUUUCCAAAUGUUAUAUAAUAGUCUAUUCUUGUGUAUAGAGCGUGUGGGGCCGAGUAAUGGGUGUAAUCCCUUCUAUUAGGGAAAAGAUCCCGCCAUAUAUCAAUUAAACCAACCUCUUUAAAAAGAGUUUUGAUUUUCUUAUGUAAAGACUUUGUUUCAUGAGAUUUUCUACUGGACGAGUCUAGCUCUGGUUGUAAAUGUAUAUUUAGGUCUCCCCCACAAAUAAGAAGGCCUUCCGUUUCCAUUAUCAUGAUAUUAAUGAUGCUGGGUUCAUCACUUUUAUCAUCUUAGCUAGCACCUGAUCCAUGUUUAGCACACAGUCAUCCACCCUUUCGAGCCAUGUCUCGGCUAUUUUUUGAUUAACCUUGGUGAGUUUGCAUUUAAUAUCGAUUAGCUGUUCUUUUGUGUCUUUGCGAAAGUCCCGUAUCUCCUCCAAAACAGUGGCUAAAAAUGAGCUCUACGUCUUUCUGGUGCGGGUUGUUGCUAGCUCCACCCUCUUGUACCUUUGUUGGUGAGCUGUCUAUGUUUUCUUCAUUUUCAGGUUGUUCAACGGCUCUUUUCUUGCUUGCAUCUCGUCUUCCCAUUCUUGCCCCUUUCAUCAGGUCAGUUAUUCUCAAUAAAUGUGAUAUUUGACAAACUAACAGGGCUAAAUAAGUAUUUUUCGGAGGUGCUGUUAUCUUAUGCUGCCAUUCAGGAUGGUGACGUCACCGGAAUCCUUAUUUUUUAUUCUAAAUACAUUUGUUGUCAUUUUCUGUCACUAGACUGGUCCGAGAUUUCACGCAAAUGUCUUCAUCCAUGAUCCCCAUCUCUCUGACCCACACAAUCUCCCAGAGCAGCAUUAUCAACAUUUAACCAUCCUCAGCCUUGUUUUCAGACCACCCCUCGAUGGUCUCAUCCCUCUCCAUCUCUCUAAUUGCCCCAGACCCUACCAGUUGUUGCAGUCUCUCAAAGGCUGACUUGCUGAGCAACUUCAAAAUGUAAUCAUUGCACCCCCAGUAGCCAACGUUUCUCCUAUUCAACUACUAAUGUCCAGAAUUCCUUCCCUGAACCUUUCUCCUUUCUGUUUCUCUCGUUCUUCCUUUUGGAGCCCUCCUUAAAAUCUAUCUUAUUGUCCUAAAGUUUGCUCAUCUGUCCCAAUAACACAUGACUUGGCAUUAGUUUCUGUUUGCUAUUUCUCUGGUGAAACACCUUGCGGUGAUAAAGAUUCUAUUAAGGUAGAUAUCAACAGGAGCAAUCAUGACUCGACUUGUGACCUUCAGAGCUUGCUUUUUCUGUGAUUGGGAAUAGAUUCGGCGGCCACGUUUACGAUGCUAGGAGUGUCGAAACGUAAUGGGCCAAAUAAGUCAUAGAUUACAUGUGUGUAACAAAGUGUGAAUGAAACACGGUGGAAGAGAAACCCAGUGCUGAUUUCCUGUGCAAAAUGCACAAGAGAAAGCAUUUGUCUACCUUCGAUUUUUCCAGCAUAUGCAGCUCUUUCUUAAACAGAGAAUACCAGUGAUCACCAGUCGUGAUAUAGUCAUAAUGCAAUCCAAAGUCUGCAUCAUUCAGCUGAUUUUCCAAUCUUAUGACCUAAUGACAUUACUGUUAUUGGUGACUUGAACAGCCCACUUAUAAUCCAAGGGGUGUAUUCCCGACCUUCCAAACUACCUCUUUGUGGCCCCUUUUCUUUUAUUUAGGUUUUCUCUGUUGCUUUGACACUAUAUUUUGCAUUAUAUUUCCAUUCCCCUUUUAUCUGUUGUAUGUGAUUAUGGUUUGAUUGUAAUCAUGCAUGGAUGAUUUGCCUGCCGAGCACAAAAACAAAGUGUAUCACUGAGAUGUAUGAUACGAAUCAAGUAACACCAAUACCCAUUUCCCUAUCACCCAUUUCCUUUCAUUUGCCCAGCAACUGCUCCAGCCCCAUACACCAGGCCACCAGCUCCCAAAACCAUCUCCAAUCUCAUCGCCACCAACAAUGUUCCCUCCACUGCCUCCAAACCUGUAUUCCCAACCCUUGCGUUGCCUGUUUCCAUCUCUUUCCCAGAAGGAUUGUAGCCCUGGCAGACUCAUCAUGUCUGCCUGCUUUUGCCGCGCCAUGUUCUUCUCCAUAUAUCUUGAUUCCAUCUUGUCUCCCCUUCUCCAGUCCCUUCUGACUUGCAUCCAACAAAACUCACACAAUCUGCAACACUUUAACUUCCUAGGCCCCAUAUAUCUCAUCUUUACCAUGGACGUUCACACCUCAAUUCGGCUUCACGAACACCAUGGCGCCCUUUGGUUCUUUCUUGGACAGAGACUCAAUCAUUUCUCCACAAUUAACAUUCUCCAUUGCCUGGCAGUAUGUGUCCUCAUCCUUAACAACCUCUUUUGACUCCUCUCGCUUUCUUCAAUGGUGUAGUCAUGGGCACGUACAUGGAACCCAGCCACGCCUGCCUUAUUCUUGGUUACGUUGAAUACUCCUUGUUCCAAACAUAUCCCGGUGCCAUUCCCCAAAUCAUUCUCUGCUGCAUCACCGAUUGCAUCAGAUCUGGCAACUCACCAAUCAAGAACUUGCUGAUUUCAGCAACUUUACUACUAAUUUCCACCCUGUUCUCAAAUUAACUGGCAAUAUUGUUGACCCCACUCUCCUUUCUCGAUCUCUGUGCCUCCAUCACAGUGGACAUGUUAUGUACAGACAUCUACAACAAACUUACUGACUCACAUUUACUUUGAGAACACCUCCUCUCACCCUGUCGCUGGCAAGAUCGCCAUCCCUUAUGCUCAAUUUCUUCAUCAUUGUUGCAUCUGCUCCCAUGAUGAGACUUUACUCUCUAAGACAAAUGAGAAACUUCAGGAAACGUGGUCUCCGCCCUGCUGUUGCGAAUGGAUCCCUCACUCUGUGUCGUGCACUUCUGCCCUCACUUCCCCUCCCCUCAGACGGAACAAGGAUAGAGUUCCCCUGGUCCUCACCCUUCACAUCAACAGCCUCUGCACUGAGCACAUUAUUUUCUGAAAUUUUCGUCUUUCUGCUCGCCGCUGCAUUUUCAACAUGUUGAAAAUUUUCGGUGACCUGCAACGACCUAUGACGGAUGCCGGCAGUUGCCGAAAAAGUCAUGUAAGUGGGACAGGCCCAUAAGACUCCACAAUCAGCAGUCCCUUGUGUCCCCAACUCAGUGGAACCUUGUUCCAUGCUCUCUUGAAUCUCACUGGAGAAUUGUUUUCCACAGUCCCUUCAAACUCACUGGGUAUUUUCCCAAUCUCCCUUUAAACCCCUCUGGUUCACUCGAAGAUUUAUUAAACUGCUAAAUAACAUGAACAAAUGUGAAUUUAAAAAAUGUCAGAGUGUCAAUAAGAGUAGUAUCCAAUCAUUUUAGUUGUUUUAGUUUUGAGAUACAGUGUGGCCCACUGAGUCCUCAUCCACACACUAGUUCUACCCUCUCCACCAGGGGCAAUUUACAGAGGCCAAUUAAACUACAAACUUGCACAUCUUUGGAAUGUAGGAGGAAACCGAGUACCUGGAAGAAGCCCACACAGUCACAGGGAGAACGUGCAUACUCCGCAAAGACAGCACCCAUGGUCAAGAUCGAAACUGGGUCUCUGGAGCUGUAAGGUAGCAGCUGUGCCACUGUGUUACCCUAACUAAUCUGGAAAACAGGGAAUUCCAGGGGGGGUCGGAUUAUGGGAGUUUCAUUGUCCCAUUACAAUGGAUCGAUGAUGCAGGCAUUGGUCAAUGCAAGGACAAGUGGUUCUUUCCAACACCAUAAUAAAUGUUUGUUGGGAGAGUUCAAGAUUUUUCACACAGAGGCAAGAAAAUGGAUUUGAGGUGCCUGUAAUAAAGAUUUAAUUAACGAUACAAGUUCAAGAGGAAAACGAAAUUGUCAAAUUGAUGCCACAUAGAUACAGUUUGUGUGACAAUGCUGCACGCAUAUCCAGCAAAAUUUGCAUAUUGCUUGGAAACUUAAUUCCUAAAUUAGAGUCUGCACAUGCUCCCUGUGAUCAUGUGGAUUUCCUCCAGGUGCUCCAGUUUCCUCCACAGCCCAAAGAUAUGAAAAUUGGCAGCUUUAGGGUGGCAGAAUAGCACAAUUGAUAGAGCUGCAUCACACAGCUCCAGAGAUCCGGGUUCGAUCUUCACCUCGGCUGCUGCCUGUGUGGUGUUUGCAAUCUCCCUGUGACCACAUUGGGUGCUCCCGGAUUCAUAUGGCUUUGUUGGUUAACUGGCCUCUGCAAAUUACCGCGAGUGCAUAAGGAGGAUAACGUAGAACGACUGUGAACGGGUGAUCGAUGGUCGGUGUGGUCUCGGUGGGCUGAAGGGUCUGUUUCCCUGCUGUACCUUCCAAUCAAGUGGCCAGUGUGAAUUGCAGCUAGCAUGUAGGUUAGUGGCGAAAUCUGGAGAAAGUUGACGAGAAAGUGGGGGAAAUAAGGUCCAGGGAGAGUGGGAUUGCAUGGUCUCAAAGGGCCAAAUGGCUUCUGUGUUUGCCUCUGGAAAUAUGAAGCUUACAAUGUUUAGUUAAUAUCCUGAACCAAAUCUCAGUCCUGCUUAAUUGCACAGUAGAAUCUGAUCAUUUUUGUUCACAGUGUAACUGAAUGAAACAAGUACCUGUGGACAAAAGUAAAUGAAACAAUACUUUGUGUGUUGCCUGUUCACCCUGUGGUUUCCUGCUCUCAGCACUAUGGAAAGUUGGCUUUCUUCUGCUUAUAGUUUGAAGGUUUUCUCACCCAAUCAGCUUGUCACGUUCACAUUAAACAUGAUCAGCAGGUCCAACAAAAAACAGAACUCAUUUCUGUUUCUACAUCAUUUGAUCCUGAUGAAAAGAGAACUAGACUCAUGGAUAAGCAUGCAUAACUGAUCCACAGUCAGACCUAGAUAAUGGAAAACCCAGGGAGAUGUAUGUGCAUAUGGAAAAUAGGAUGGAUUGCUUUGUUUGUCCACAUUGUGCUAGCAACAUCUGAUGGGAGCAUCGAAAAUCAGCCAGAUCCAGCCAAUCCAAUGACAGAUGGGAGCAUCGAAAAUCAGCCAGAUCCAGCCAAUCCAAUGACAGAUGAGGACAACGGAAAUAAGCCAGAUCCAGCCAAUCCAAUGACAGAUGAGGACAACGGAAAUAAGCCAGAUCCAGCCAAUCCAAUGACAGAAAUUUAUCACAUAUUUGGCUCGGUAAACCAGGAUUGGAAAGAAACUUGGUGCCCUGGCGAUGACGAUUGUAUCGAAGACCCAGUUAAAAUACUCGAAGAUAAAUGUUGCGAGGAUGACAAAUGUAAAGGUUUGCGUGAUAAGUGUCCUAAAGCGGAAGAAACCAGACAAAACAAUACAAAUAAUCAACAAUUUAAAAAAAUGAAACGAGAAUGCUUAGACAAGAUAUUAUCCUGUUUGACUUCACUGUCUGACGGUAGCCCGUUGUAUGGGACUCAAUUAAAAUCUUUUGGAAAAAAGAAAAUCCCCAAAAAUAAACCAAUAAGACUAAUUUCAUGUGCAUCAUCGAUUGGUGAACGCACUAGUGAUGAUCAGCAUGCUGAACUAGAAGUGAUCCUUCCAGCCGAACUGACUGAGAGAGCUGCAGAGAAUCAAAAUGAUCUAUCAGGGUUCUCCUUUUCCGUAUUUAAUGACACUGAACUAUUUGAGGAUGAAAAAAAUAGCACACUAUUAAAUCAACAAGUACUUGGAAUUUCUGUGGGAAACUCAAGCUUUCAGAACUUAAAAGAAGGUGUUUCCAUUAAAAUUAAUCACAGUGUCUCAACACCGAGUGGAUAUAGCCAUCAAUGUGUAUUCUGGUAUGAAAGUGAUGAUGAAAACAGUGCGGGUUGCUGGCAUUCCAUGGGCUGUAAUACAACAGUGGAGGGUAAUCAAACCAUAUGCGUAUGUAACCACCUCACCUACUUUGCUGUGCUAAUGAAUCCGGGCCCAGACAUAGUCUUGGACCAAACGGACUUGACCGCAUUAACGUACAUCUCGAUGAUUGGCUGUGGGGUCUCGUCCUUCUUCUUAGCCGUCACGGUGUUUGUUUACUGCGUGAUCAGGAAGAACCAGAGGGAUCAUACCACCAAGAUCCACAUUAACCUCUGCAUUGCCUACUUUCUUCUGAACGUGAAUUUCAUGGCCAACGAGUGGCUGAGCAAGCUGGCGAUUGAUGGACUCUGUAAGGCCAUUGCUGUGUUCCUUCAUUAUUCACUGCUGAGCACAUUCGCAUGGAUGGCAAUUGAAGGCCUCCAUCUCUACUUGAUGUUGAUCAAAGUGUUCAACAUCUAUGUCAGACAUUACAUAUAUAAACUGGCUAUCGCGGGUUGGGGCAUUCCUGCCGUGGUGGUGUUUGUGUGUGUUGGAGUGAACCCAGACAACUAUGGGACGUUGGAGAUUCAUAUACAGGACACAAACAGCUCUGUUUCAACGUGCUGGAUAAAAAAUUACAAUGUUCAUUAUGUUACAAACUUUGGCUUUUUCGGCCUGAUAUGGUUGAUGAACUUUGCAAUGAUGAUCACCAUCUGCACCAAGUUAACUCAGAUGCGAAACGAUACCCAUUCCGGGUCGAGACCUGUGUAUAAGGACAUGUGGGCCAUCCUUGGUCUCAGCGUUUUACUGGGCAUGACCUGGGUUUUGGCUUUCUUUUCAUUUGGAGAACAGGUGGUUGAAAGGUACCUGUUUUGCAUCCUCAAUUCCUUGCAAGGAUUUUUCAUAUUCUUGUGGUACUGCGCUGUAAAAAGAUCAGCCAAUGAACAAUCCACAAAUUACACCUCAGAUAAAUGAAGAAGAAACGGAAGUAAAACUACAUUCAUCGACAUAAUAAUUUUCCCAAAAAGGUUUAAAUUUGUAAUGAAGGGGUUGUGGGGAGAAACUCACUCAAGGAGAGUUCUGCCUAAAAUUGGAAAAUACAAUGCUCAUACCGUUGUGUUGGAGUUUACAUGGGCGGAGCACAAGGUGUUGUUCCUCUGUUCUGCCUGGGUAGCCUACAGUCAAUAGUAGGUACAUGAGAUUGUCCAAUUUUGGGUAACAUUGAAUUUAGAAAGUUCCCACUCUCGUACCUUCCCUUCCCUGCUCCACCCUCUCUCUUAUUCCAAUUCCCCUCUGGUUCUCCCAUUAUUGUAUUCCUAUCCCAUACCCCCCAAUCCAUCACCCAUUCUUGCCCACUCCCCCUGCUGGUUCCAUUCACCUACUACACGCACAUGUCACCCCAGGCUCACCUCCUCCCAUCUGGUUCUGGUUCUGCCGUCCAGCCCUCCCAGCCCCAACCCCUCACCUAAUGGUUCCCAAUAUCACCUUCCUACGAUUCCUGCACUGGCUGGCAUUGACUUCCUGCUUAUCAUCUUCCACCAGCUGACUCUACCUUCACCCUCCCCUCUUCCCAUGGAGAUCCAUCCGCCUCUCUUUAUCCUUUGCUCUGCUUCCAUCUAUUAUCCACCUGUAAUCUACCUCUCAACUCCAUCCCUCCCCCUCACCUACCUAUCUCCAUUUGACCAUCAUUCUCACCCCUCGUUGAUCCAGCAAUCACCAAUGGCUCUUGUCCCACCACCUCCUCUCUCCCCUUUGCACUGGUUAUCUCCCCUCUCCACGUCAGUCCUGAUGCAGGGUUUUGAUAAAAAAUGUCAACAACUCCUUUCUCCCGAAAGAUCCUUUACUGUUUAACUUGUAAUAUUAGACCUGUUAUGCAUCUAUUACCAAAAUUGUCUGAUAUAGUACUCGGAAAAUAUUCCUUUACUUUAGUUUAGUUUAGUUUAGAGACUGGGCGGAAACAUGCCGUUCGGCCCACCGAGUCCGCACUGACCAGCGACCACCCCAAACACUGACAUUACCCCACACACUAGUGACAAUUUACAAUCUUUACCAAAGUCAAUUAACCUACAAACCUGUACAUCUCGGGAGUGUGGGAGGAAGCCGGAGAUCCUGGAGAAAACCCACGUGGUCAUGGGCAAAACGCACAAACUCCAUACAGACAGCACCCGUAGUUAGGAUCAAACGUGGAUCUCUGGUGCUGUAAGGCGGCAACUCCAACGUGACACCGAAACACUUGGUUGAAAUUUGGCCGUCAAUGUUUUUAACAUCUCCCAGUAGGUUGGAUCCCUUGUGGUUCACGAGAAUGCUGCCACCUCUGUGGUUUAACUGCACCAAUCACACCCCCAGUACUGGUCUUGAGUCAUUCUAUGAGUUUCCCACCUUGAGAAAAGUAGAUUUAGAAAGUGAAACCAACACUCUUGGAAAUUAAAGUUAUACUAUAGCAGACAAGUUACCUCAAUUCACAAUACCAUAUCUGUAAGAAGGAACGGCAGAUGCUGUUUUACAUCGAAGAUAGACACAAAAUGCUGGAGUAAC